CUGUGCGUAUUUGACUUUUCUCUCCCCGUCCUCUCUAUCUCGCCAUUUUAUCCACCUCCCCCCCUCUCUCGUCUCUCCUAUCCUCCGAGCUCGCCGAUUCCUCCAGGAUUAUUACCAGCGACGACAGGAGCCUGUGAUUCGGAUUUAGGAUUGGGAUUCUGGCGCAGGAAUCGAAGCGGCCACGCGCUGGAGCCGGCCGAAUUGUUUGGGUGAGCACGCCAACGCCAUGAUGGCGAACGGGAGGCUCCAGAAGCAGGCGUUGCUCCCGCCGCGGAGCCCGUUCCCGGUGGCGGCGGCUGCGGGGGCGGCGCCGCACGCCGAGCUCGGCCCGAUCGCGCGGCCGCGGGACGCGCACCACAGGCACGGCCACCAGCGCACGUCGUCCGAGAGCUUCCUCGCCGACGAGCAGCCGUCGUGGCUGGACGACCUGCUCGACGAGCCCGAGUCGCCGGCGGCGCGGGCGCACGGCCGGCCCGGCCACCGCAGGUCGUCCAGCGACUCGUUCGCGCUCUUCGAAGGCGGCAGCAGCGCUGCUGCGGGGGGCAUGUAUGACAAUGUGCUCGAUGGCAUGAGGGGAGGAGGAGGAGGGCAGGUGGCUUCUUGGGCUGGUGCGCCCGAGUUCUUCCCUGAGCCAACCUCAUUUGGGCGGCCUCAGGGCAGGCCCUGGGAGUCCAGGCCGAUGUACCGGCAGGGUGGUGGCAUGCCGAUGCCAGGGAGGGAGAAGAACGCGGGGCGCCAUGGUCCGUCCAGCUCAUUUGCUGAUCAUGAGCAUGGUCAUGUGCCCAAUGGGGUGGACAGGAAGGGCCAUGGUGAUGUGGCUCAUGACCAGAGGAUUGUGGCAGAGAGAAAGGAAGGCCUGAGGCACUCGCAGUCGGAGGCCGACACCAAACGAGCCAAACAACAAUACGCUCAGAGAUCUCGUGUCCGUAAACUCCAGUAUAUUGCAGAGCUUGAGAGAAGAGUUCAGUCCUUACAGACAGAGGGGAUAGAAGUAACUGCUGAAAUGGAUUUUCUCGGUCAGCAAAAUAUCAUGUUAGACUUGGAAAAUAAGGCCUUGAAGCAACGGCUUGAGAGUCUGUCUCAGGAGCAUCUCAUUAAACGCUAUCAGCAGGAGAUGUUUGAGAGGGAAAUCGGUCGUCUCAGAACAUUGUUCCAGCAACAGCAGCAGCAACAACAACAUGUACCACAGCAGCAGGCUCCUAGCCAUAGCCGUAGUAACAGCAGAGACCUGGAUUCACAAUUUGCAAACCUAUCUCUGAAACACAGCGAUCCCAGUUCAGGGCGCGACGCUGUCUCUGGCCUUCGCAUUUAAGAUUCCUUUGUUCCAGCUUUUGGUUCUCUGAGCUUCGCACAACUUGCUGCCCCCUUUAUGCCACUCUUUGUGGUUGUUAGUAGCAUCAAGAGAGGAGCAGCAUCGGUGAACCGGGAAUCUCAUCCCAUGGUGAAUAAAGCUGGAAAGGUUAAUAACUGUGGAUCUGGUCUUUAGUUCUUUCAGAAUGUGCACCUGACGGUCAUCCUUAGCUCAUGUCCAUUGUUGAUGCUUGACUAGUCGGAGGUGUUUAGGAUCUGUUUGCAGAUUGAUGGCUUUCAUGGAUCCUUGUAUCCGUUUGAAGUUAGAACACUAAGGUUCUAAUUCAUUCCUUUUUAGUUGAUUCUCUGUUGAGUUUAGGCGCCAUCUGGUGCUUGUAUUAGUUAGUUUGGCACUUGAAUGGAAUGUGAGCUGGUCCUCUUUAGGUUAUGCCACAUCCUGGAAGACCGUUGCAUCACUAGCAUCAGGCAUGUCCAAUAAGAUAGUGAGGUUGAAGGGCUGAUGUAGUUCAGUUUCGUUUUGUUUGUGAUAUGUGCAGAACAAGAUACUGGAUACUCUGGGUUCUCAUUUAUUUGAGCGCUGUAUUUUUUUUUCAUGUUAUGAUGACAAGUACAUGAAAUCCUGCAAGUUCAUUUUUAACUUCCAAGUU